AUGACUGAUAAAAUCGACGUCUUGCUUUAUGGCCUCGGGGCCAUCGGCUCCUUCUACGCUUUCAUUCUCAGCCGUUCCAAUCGUGUGCGCUUGACGGUCGUCGCGCGCUCGAAUUACGAUGCUGUGAAAGCUAAUGGAAUCACAAUCAAGAGUGCGAACCAUGGCGAACAUACUUUCCGCCCAGACAAUGUGGUCAAAUCUCCCUCGGAAGCAGCCCCCCAAGACUACGUCGUAUGCGCCCAUAAAGCCCUCGACCAGGCAGAAGUGGCAGCAAAACUGAAGCCCGUCGUGGGUGAGAACACCACGUUCGUGAUUAUCCAGAAUGGCGUCGGCAACGAAGAGGCUUUCCGGAACUUAUACCCUAAAGCCUCCAUCAUCACCUGUGUGACCUGGGUCGGCGCCAUCCAAGUAAGCCCCGGCGUGGUCCACCAUACCAAAUCCGAAGACAUGCAAAUCGGCCUAUUCCCCAACCCAGCCUUAGAAAGCACAACCGAGCAGCAGCGCCUCAAGACAUUCGUCUCCCUCCUCGACGCCGGUAAAACAGUCUUCCAAGUCCUGGACGAUAUGCAGCCCCAGCGAUGGGAGAAAGUCGUCUGGAACGUAGCCUGGAACUCGCUAACCACCCUGACAAUGGUCGACACGCAGACCUGGCUGCAUUCCUCCGAGGACGCAGAGCCCUUCACCCGCCGACUGAUGCAGGAAGUUAUCGACAUCGCCCGCGCCACAGGCGUGCAGCUCUCCGAUAAUCUACCCAACGAGCUUAUGCGCAAGAUUAACGCCAUGCCCGGCAUCGGCAGCAGCAUGCAGACAGACGCUAAGAACGGCCGCCCUAUAGAGAUCGACGUCAUCCUGGGCUUCCCCGUGCGCAAGGCCAGGGAGCAUGGCGUGUCGGCGCCGUAUCUGGAGACGCUGUAUGUCAUUUUACGCGCCAUCGACGGGCGGUUGCGUGCAGCGCUGUAA